UAUAAUCUGGAAUGCACUGCACUUUGGAGCGGACACAUCUGGUGAAGCAAAGCACCGCGUUGCUCCUUGGAAGUUGAGGUAUCACUCUCAUCGGCAUUUUCUGUUUAUGCAGUAAGUUGAAUACUACCCCGGGAAGUGAUCGCCAUUGACUGUUAACUGCCCAGUCAUGUACAUCUUAAUGUACUGCAUAAAUUCCUAAUUCCUUCCUUACGAUACAGCUUUUAUACGUGCGCGUAUCGACAGGUGUACAGAGUAGCAUGAAUUUUUUGCAUAUGCCCUUUUCCCUGGAUGAAUGAAGCACAAUUGCACGUGCACUCCAAUGUUAGUUUCCAACGCACCGACAGCAUCGCAACGCCAUUUUCAUAUUUUUGAUCUGACAGUGUUUGUCAUGUGCAGUCUGUUACAGCACAUUUGCACAGCAGGUGCGCCAUUCAUCGGUUUCAAACACUAGUACAUCAAAUUUGUUUGCGAAAGCGUUUACGAUAACUCUGGAAUGAUAUGACUAAAGGAAUAUUCAAAAUUACUGUGUGCCUGCUACUCCUUGAAGGAUGUUACGUACAGUAUUAGGCGGCAAAGAACAAGAUUUGCCAACACGCAUACACUGUUUGCCGGGAAGCUGCAAGCUCACGAUUACACAAAUUACCCACGAAAAACACUUUCCGCGCGAGAGACAAGAUUGAAAAUUUUUCGUCAGUGCGGAUUAGCAGAGAUCCCGUUAUCGCAGCGGUCUGUGGACGAUUUAUUGUUGAUGUUCUGGAUGAGAACGCAGCUUAUCGUGGGUACGUUUGCGCAGCUGAUAAUGAUCAUUGUAUGGUGCGAAUUGGUUCCAUGCAGCAACUACGACGCCUCCCGAUGGAUAAAUUGCGCCGCACGAAUUGGUUUCAAUCUCUAAGCUUGGACAUUCCGACAUUGACGAUGUACUGGAAGACAUUGACGUCCUUGUCAGUGUGGAAGAGAAUCAGCCCGAGUUGUGGCAGCCAGCUUGCAUCAUUGACGACACAUUUAUGGACGCGUUUUCGUUCCUAAAUGUGGAAGUGAAGCUGCCGGAAAAUGUGGUUAAAUGUUAUUAUGUUCUGGACUCCUCUGGUGCCGCUCUCAAGCGAGUAAGGCGCCGGGGUUAUCUUGGGGAUCCCGUUAUGCCACAGUCGUUUGUCAAUCGUGAGAUACCGGAUUCAGAGUUUUCUCCGUAUUGUAACGACUUCGUUGAUACUAUGCGGAAAGCACGACAAAUGCCACGUUUUCGCAGUCGCUUAAUGCAGGAAAUUUGUGGAAUUAUGUUUAUGGAUGCAACGGAUGAUCACGUUGCUGUGUUAGCAGAAAAGGAAUUGAGUCAAACGUUAACGGAUUCUGAAGUUAAGCAAAUGUAUUCAAACGCCAAGACGCUGAACAUCAACUGGAACGCAGCCAACUGCCGUUUUGACAAAGAGAUUGGGAAGACUAACUCAUCUGAUUACUACCUCGCGGAUUAUGAAAGUGGAGAAUUUCGACAAAUGUUCGGGGUCGAAAAAGUGAAGGAAAUCAAGAACAACUGGCAAGCCAUCAUUACCGCAGCCACCGAUAAGAAAGAAAAGAUCGACGAUCAUGACGUUUGGUGGCCGGAAAACAUAACUCAAUAUCAAGUCGUGGGGGAAGACAAAUUCGGCGCGGAAGAUUUGCAUCAUGACUUUAAUCUGACGAUCUCUCCGGGUCAGGAGCCGAAUACUGGCGGUAGCAGCCACAAAGAUGCCCGAUUUCUCCGCCCAACGGUAGGCACCCGCAAAUCACGAUCCCCGUCUCCGUUGAAAAAGAAAUGAAUCGAUUUGUAAGAUUUUCCAGUGGUGACGGAUUUUCCAGUGGUGAUUUUCCUUAUGGAUGCUUAAUAAAUUCGUAAUAAAAAUUCUGAAUUCUUCCAACGUGUUGCCAGAGGCGAUUACGGUAGCGUUUUGUGUCUCU